GGUGACCCACAGAAGCCAUUUGCAGUUUCGUGCUGGGAGCCGCAGUCCGGACGGCGAGGACUGCAAAGCAGCGGAUGCCAACACGGGUAUAUAUCUGUACCCUGUUGUCGCCGAUCGCCGAUUUCUACCCGGAAAAGGAGAUGUUUUCUCUGCCUGCUACGGUCCAGCCACAGGUAACUGUCCCCCUGAGUCACCUGAUCAAUGCCCUCCAUUCCCUGAAAAGUCCGCUAUGCAGCGCGCCAUCGGAGCGUCAGCCGAAGGAUGCCGGUGUGGAGAGCGCCCAGCCCCCCCGGGAGUCGGGUGUCAGUCUGAGGGACCUGGGCUUGGGGGACCUGAAGCCAGACCACUUCCCGCAGCUGGGGGACGCCGGGCUCGCUGGCUGGAGGACUUCCUAUAUCUCCUCAGCGUCUUUCUUUCAGAACAAGUAUGGGUUCCCCGGAAGCACGAUGGGCCUUUCCAGCUCUCUCGCGUUUUGUAAACAGAGCGCCACACCCCUUCAGCUGGUCUGUGCCGGUCUUCAGCACUGGCCAGUUUGGACCCAGAGUCGAGGCUUUAAGACGCUGAAAUCCAAAACGCGACGGCUACAGUCCGGUCAGGAGCGCCCUGUAGAAAAUGAUGGUUUCACGCCAUCCUUCAUGAAGGGCAUCCUCACGAGAGACAAAGGAUCAGAGUUGGAAGCUCUGGACAAACUUCUGAAGACCAAGAAUAUCCCAGAAGCACAGCAUGAUGCCUUCAAGAUGGGUUUCGCUGAGGGAUUUCUCAAGGCUCAGACUCUCGCCCAGCGAAUGCAAGACUCUCUGAGGAGGACCCGGCUGGUUCUGCUGGUUCUCCUGCUCCUGGGCAUCUAUGGACUCUCCCGAACACCCUUUUUAUCAGUGCGAUUCCGAACCACGUCAGGCCUGGAUGCCGGCGUGGACCCCGUCCAGAUGAAGAACGUCACCUUUGAGCACGUCAAGGGUGUGGAGGAGGCGAAAAACGAGCUCCAGGAGGUCGUGGAGUUCCUCCGGAGCCCUCAGAAGUUCACCGUGCUUGGUGGGAAGCUGCCCAAGGGCAUUCUGCUCGUGGGCCCCCCGGGCACGGGGAAGACCCUGCUGGCACGAGCCGUGGCGGGGGAGGCCGACGUUCCCUUCUACUACGCCUCCGGCUCCGAGUUCGACGAGAUGUUCGUGGGCGUGGGAGCCAGCCGCAUCCGGAACCUCUUCCGGGAGGCGAAGGCCAACUCGCCCUGCGUGGUCUUCAUCGACGAGCUGGACAGCGUGGGUGGGAAGAGGAUCGAGUCCCCCAUGCACCCCUACUCCCGGCAGACCAUAAACCAGCUGCUGGCGGAGAUGGACGGGUUUAAACCAAAUGAGGGUGUCAUCGUCAUCGGCGCUACUAACUUUCCAGAGGCUUUGGAUAAUGCUCUGAUACGACCAGGAAGGUUUGACAUGCAGGUCACAGUCCCCAGACCAGACGUAAAGGGCCGUACUGAGAUCCUGAAGUGGUAUCUCAAGAAAAUUAAAGUGGAUUCUGCUGUUGAGCCUGAGAUCAUCGCCAGGGGGACGGUGGGCUUUUCUGGGGCCGACCUGGAGAACCUGGUGAACCAGGCGGCGCUGAAGGCGGCGGUGGACAGUAAGGACAUGGUGACCAUGAAGGAGCUGGAGUUCGCCAAGGACAAGAUCCUCAUGGGCCCGGAGCGCAGGAGCGUGGAGAUCGACAAGAAGAACAGAACCAUCACCGCGUAUCACGAGUCCGGCCAUGCCAUCGUGGCAUACUACACUAAGGACGCCAUGCCCAUCAACAAAGCCACCAUCAUGCCACGCGGGCCGACUCUGGGUCAUGUCUCCAUGCUCCCAGAAAACGACCGCUGGAGCGAGACCCGCUCACAACUGCUGGCCCAGAUGGACGUCAGCAUGGGCGGCAGGGUGGCUGAGGAGCUCAUCUUCGGGAGCGAGAAUGUCACCACUGGGGCGUCUAGUGAUUUCGAUAGCGCGACAAAAAUAGCAAGAAUGAUGGUGACCCAGUUUGGAAUGAGUGAAAAACUGGGGGUCAUGACGUACCCUGACCUGUCAAAGCAAAGCCCAGAAAUACAAGCUGCAGUCGAGCAGGAAGUGAGAACGUUGCUGAAGGAGUCCUACGAGCGAGCCAGACACAUCCUGAAGACGCACGGCAAGGAGCACAGGAACCUGGCGGACGCCCUACUGAUGUACGAGACGCUGGACGCCAAAGAGAUCCAAACGGUCCUGGAGGGGAAGACGCUCGACAGCAGAUGAUGCCCUCGUGCUGGGACAGGAAGGUGGAGUCUCUGCUUGGCCUUCAAGGACCAAUCAUGCGGCUUAGACCACGCAUCCGAACCUGCGGCUUCACGAGUGGCAGCCUCUGCUCCUUCAUGUUGGGGCCACUCACCUGCUGUCUUCCUGGCCCAAGGAAAUUGGUGUUUCAGGCCAAGGUUGUCUCAGGGUUAAGCUUGUUUGUUUUCUUUGCUCUUUUGUGUUUCUUGGUGCUCAUGGAGCCCUGUUUUGGUAAUACUCUUCGAUUAUUCAUUUCAAAUUCAUGAAAAAGUGAACCUUUUAUUUCAAAUACCUCUCAUCUGCUACUACUGUAUAUCAUAUUAUCUAAUGUUCCUCAGCAAUCUGUGUUAUAUGCUGCUGCCACCAGAGGGCGCUUGUGGUGAAAUCAUUAUUAGUCAGUGUUUGAGAAUUUAAUCAGAGGGUAUGCCCUUUCAGAAGUGUGAUUUUUCUGUAUAUGUAUAGGAGACCUAAGCAAUUUAAGAAAUGUUAAUACAUUUGGCACUUUAUUAGAUGGGAAAGCAUAUUUAUUUGUAUUCUUGUUGAGAAAACAAGUUAGUUUACUGUCUUCGGUCAUUUCAAACGUUGUAUUCAAUUAUGUGCAUUGGUGUUUUAGUGGUGUAUAUUACUUUUUUGUUUUCAUUUCUGUUGCUUCAGGAAAUGAGACCUUGAUACUUGUAUUUUAGAGGAAGAAGGAAUAAGAAAAGUCUGCUAGGAAUAACGCUGUCUGUAGAAAGGUAGUUCGUAAAGGUGGAAAUGUUCAGACAGUCAGCACUGUGGAGAAAAGAAAAUUCCACUUAUCAAUUCAUGCAAUUAAGUUUGCCUCCAUAUUAAGGGUCAGUGUGAUUUUUUUUUUUGCCUGCUUUUAAUGACUGAAGUUUAGAAUUUUUAUUUCAGUCUUCAGAAGGUUAGUGUUCCUGGAAAGGAAUCCUGCAGAACCUUUAGAACAUCCUGUCCUGUCAGAGGUUAUGCUAAAGUUUUCCUCAGUCCCCAUACAGACCCUUUCUGAUUGUUUCCAGCACAAAUGUUUUCACUUACCUGAAGCUAGUUUUAAAUUUACAGCAUUAUAUUUUUAUUUGGCGUUGCACAGAUUAGGAUAUAUAAAGACAUGUAAAAGGAAUGCUGUAAAUAAGGCAAAUGCUUGAAUGAGUAUUUUUGAUUAUGUAUGAGUUGUAUAUUGGCUUUCCGUGCUUUCCCAUUUAUUACAAUCGAUUAAGAAAAAAUGACAAAUAAAGCUUGUUAAAAAUCUUG